CUUAGAAGGAAACUUCAGUUUUAAGCAAGUUUACUCAAGAGCUUUGAGGUCUGCUGGUGGCUGGCAACGUGAUCGCACUUACAUGAAACUACAGUGAUAAUAAACAACUCGAGGAGCGAUGUGCCAGCGGACUCAGAAGAGAGCGGGGGCAUCACGGUUAUUGCAAUUUGAUUUGCCCUAAACAGACUAUAAUUAAAAAUACAUUGCGGGCUUUUUUUUUUUCAACAGAGUUGCACCGUGGUUUUUUCUUCUUUCAGAGCAGUAAAGAAAAGUAAUCGGUAGUGCUGAACAGAAAGAGAGUACUUAAUUUGCAAAGUUCCACAGAAAUAAAAUUUAAAGCUCUGUAUUUCUGCACAAACAAGCUCCGGCUGGAAACGAAGGUAGGCACCUUAGCCUGGAGCUGGUGAUUACCUUGUGUCGUUGAAAUAUUCUUGGAUUGGACUGUAACACAGAAAUUACAGGCAAAAAAGAUUUUCCACAAGCAUGUGAUUUUUUAAGCUAUGGUAAUCUAAAACAUUAACAAACAACCACAGAGAAGCAGCUUGGUUCUCAGGAGUGAGGUCUGGAUGACCAGGCACUGGAGACACUACCAACAAGCAUAUCCAUCAUCCUCUCAGGCUCUCUGUUGGAGACACUGAAGCUGGGCCAGGCAUGGAGGUGUUACGAAGGUCUUCUAUUUUCGCGGCAGAGGUCAUGGAGGCGUUUGACCGCUCCCCCACAGACAAGGAGCUGGUGGCCCAGUCCAAGGCUCUGUGCCGAAACUUCAUCCAUUCCAGGCUGAACAGAGCAGGGAUCGGCUGGUCCAGACCAGAGCAUGGGCUCCUUGCCUCAGCAGGGACCCUAGGAGAGGUGUCUACUGUGCUGCUGCUGCUGGGGGACGAGCUGGAGAACCUUCGGCCGAACGUGUACCACAACGUGGCACAGCAGCUCAACAUCUCGGUCAGCUCGGAGGACGUGGUUUCAGAAGCAUUCCUAGCUGUGUCUGCGGAGAUGUUCUCCACAGGGAUUACGUGGGGGAAGGUGGUCUCUCUGUACACUGUGGCCGGGGGGCUGGCGGUGGACUGCGUGCGCCAGGGUCAGCCGGCAAUGGUUCACAUCAUCGUGGACUGCCUAGGGGAGUUCAUCAGCAACAGCCUGGUGACCUGGAUCAAGAGACGGGGCGGAUGGGCUGAUAUAAACAAGUGUGUAGAGAACAACGACUCCAGUUUCCAGAAAAACUGGUUCGUCAGAGCUGUCUGCACCGGUGGCCACUUCCUAAAAGCUUUUUUCUUCUACCUGCUGCGGGAGCGCUGAGAUCCUGGGUUUGAGUGCCAGCCUGGGAGCCCACCCACAGAGACUGCAUCCGCACUGCCAGAGAGAGACACAAUGCCAGAGAGGGCUGACAACCCAGGCUCAAUCCACACCCUGUUUGAGAUCAGAUCUCACCAGCGCAAAACAUUUUUAUAAGCCUAUAUUCUGGUCUGCCUUAAACCCCGGCAUGGAAAGUUUUAGGUCUGUACAGAACAAAACAACAAAGCACAAGCACAGACCAUUUCAACAGAGGCAUGACCUUUUUAAAUCAUGAGACAUUGUUAUUGGACUCUACAGAUCAAUGAUGUUCAUUAUUUUCAACUGUAAUGUUUUACAUACAACUACCACAAAAUGUGUUCAGAACGAUUUAUGUCUUUUAUUACUUGUGGCAACAGGGGCAUGCUUGAUAGUUUUCUAACCACAAUGUGGCUAUGAAAGGUUAAAGGUUAUCUUUUAGUUUACUCUGGAAGGUGAGUGAAUAUUGUAAUUUACUUAAGCGUCUUUGAUCAGGUCCAUCCAACAGAGCUGCAAUUGUACCCUGGUGCCGAUGGCUACUUUCAAGAUGAUAAUGCACCCAUCCACAGUGCCAGAAUUGUGCUGGAAUGGUUUGAGGAUCAGAAUUUGUCAUCAUGAUCCUUUCUCUAAAAUAUUAAUGACUGAAUGGAUUAACAUAUUUUGAGAUACAUUCUGGCAUCUUGUGGAGUCGAUGCCAUGUUGUGUCCAGGCUGUGAUCAGGGCAAACGGUGGCCCAAUCUGGUAUAGAUACAGGUUCUUAUAAUGUGUCCAGGCAGUGUAUUUCUCACCUGUAGUACUCGCUGGAGACAAGAAAGGGGUUCUUUAAAGAGAGCCGAGACUGGAUCACUGAAGAACAAAGAUAUAACAAAAUAAUUGCAAUGCAUCAUACCAUUUCACAGGUAUCACAUUUUCCUUUAUAAAAGACGCACAAUAUGUGGUAAACACAUAUGUUUUUCAAAGCUAAAUUCACUGCUCACUCCAUCCAGAUACUUUAAAGCUACACUUUCACUUGCAAAUGACACCAUGUAGCAGUGACACUGGAACAAUUUUUAAAGUGGGGGUGCUGAAAGCCACUGAACAAAACUGAACCCCUGUAUAUGACGGAAGCCAUGCUAAGCCAGGGGGUGCUACCCCCAGUACCCCUAGUUCCAGUGCCCUUGCCAUGUAGGAUGAAUCUGUUGAUCAUUUUGCUGCAUGUAGAGUACCACUGCCACCCUGAGGUGAAGUGGAAAAUGACACCCUAUAAAAAUUGAACAGCAGGCAUGACACAGUAGUCCUCAGAGAUGUGUCUGCCACAUUGGGCCUGCAGGAAUGUUGUGUCCAUGACUUGUGAAGCAACUGUAUUUAUUUGUUCGUUAUAUAGGCCUAGGUAAAGGACAGCACUUCUAUACAUGCCCACAAUUGUGUAUUGAACUGUAUGUAAAGUACGCUACGCUGCUGUAUGUGUCCAAGAAUUGCAGUACAAGUGCUGUCAGCUACUAGUCACACAAAUGCACCUUGAAACGCUGAAUAUUCAAUUACAGGGCUUUUGGUUUGUAAGAAGUGUUAUUAAAACACGUUUUGAAUACUA